AAAAAAAACCCUAAAAACUAUAAAAUAAUUGCGUUAAAUUGUAAAGUGAAGAGUUAUAAACUUUUGAAAUGAUUUCGCUCAAAUAUAUUUAGAAAAAAAAGACUUCAAUAUAUAUAAAAAUGGCUUCGUUUUUGUGGUUUACCUUCUGUUUGGUGUUCGUGCCUUGCUGUUUCGCACAAAAUUCUAAUAGCGAUGGGAUUAUUUUCUACUAUAACAAUACGUACAAAUACAAUGUCCCCUACGUGGUGUAUGUGAAUAAAAGUACUGAAUACAUUAUGGAGUUCGCUGGGGAUCUAGAAGCGUACGACACUCCUGCGCGGAUCACGGUGGCAAGCGACUUCGCUAACCGCACCUACCCUCUCUUUAUCACUGCCAGACAACAAAAAGGAGUCUUCUCCUGGCAGCUCCCGAUGCUGGUCCAAACGCCGUUCAGCUUGGAGCAGUUCACCAACAUAUCCAGGACUCUAUGUCCUCAUAAUAACCUGUUCGCGGAAGACGAGGACACCUGUGAUGUGUCCUCGGUGAACAUACCGAUAGUUCACCUGACUUCAGCGUCUCCGGACCCUAUACGGGUCACAAUCGUCGUGGAAACGGUUCAGGAUUUUUACAUCAAGAUGAAUUCUACCACCAACCUAACAGUGACGCCUAGCCAGCCGAAAUAUUACUUCUACCCGUUCGAUCAAGGCCCGAAAAUGGAUUUGGGCACACAGAACUUGAAGAGGAGAUACAUGUGCCAUGAGAAGCUGGAUAAUUCUGAAGAGAAGGAGUUGCACAGGUAUUUCGUACAAAGUAACGCGUUGAGAACGGAGUACUCAUCCUGGCUGUCCAGACCCAAAAGCGUUAUUGUGAUGAUUGAAUCCGACGACGACAUAUGUGCCGUCGUUUCAAUACAGAAUUUUUCGUGUCCGGUAUUUGACAAUGAGAGGGAUAUUCUCUACGAUGGUUACUAUUUGACAAUGACAAGGCGAGGAGGCAUUACUUUGACGCAAGACACAUUCCCUCUAGGAUUCUACAUAGUGUUCAUAGUGAAGAGCUCGGACGAGGAUUGUGUGGCUAGCGGGUCCAACUCCAGCCUACCCCGCAUGGCGUCAUACCUCGGUUGGAGCGGGGAGACCGUUAGAGUGCGCACAGAUGACCAUAGAGUCAAAACUUUCAGUUUCAGGAUAAUAGAAACGAUAUCGUACCAAGAGUAUCUGAUAGCAGCCGGCGCUGUGCUGGGGUUCUUCCUAUCAUUCUACGUGGCUUUCGUCAUCAUACUGAUCUGCCAACGACGCAAGAUGCUAAAUACAACCAUAGUCGAAUCCAGCAGUCAUAGCGAAGAAGGCCGCAUCACCCCGCCGUCGGUGCCCCACGACGUGGACAACGUGCCGACGGCGCGGCGCCGAGCACACGUCAUGACGACCAGCGCCGAGUCCACGUCGCGACAGGCGCUCGUCGGCGAUGGAGACAACACGCUCUAUGAUCGCAGUUCGUCGUCGGACACCGAAUCGGAGUUCUCCCGGCUGGACGAGAAUGAGAUUGACAAGGACCUGUACCGGGUCGGCGGCAGGCUGUGUGUCGCCAACUUGGCCAGGUGCCGGCCGCGCGUGCUGACUGCCCGCUCCAAGAUGUACCUCUGGAACGUGCUCACAGUGGCCGUGUUCUACACCUUGCCGGUGAUACAGCUCGUCGUCACGUACCAACGGCUGCUGAACCAGUCAGGCAACCAAGAUUUGUGCUACUUCAACUUUCUAUGCGCGCACCCACUGAUGGUGGUCUCUGACUUCAACCACGUGUACUCAAACCUGGGAUAUGUCCUGCUCGGCCUGUUGUUCCUCAUGGCCGUGUACACGAGGCACGCCCGGCAUCGCGCCACCAGCGCCUCGGAGAAGGAGUUAGGCAUCCCUCAACACUUUGGCCUGCUGUAUGCUAUGGGCAUAGCUCUAGUCAGCGAGGGGCUACUCUCAGCUGCCUACCACGUUUGUCCCAAUAGCAUGAACUUCCAGUUUGACACUUCGUUUAUGUACGUGACGUCAGUACUGUGUAUGGUCAAGAUCUACCAGUCGCGACAUCCCGACAUCAACGCGCGUGCGCACGCCACCUUCGGAGUGCUCGCGCUCAUUAUAUUCAUUGGCCUAGUGGGCGUGCUGAACGCCAACUUCUACUUCUGGGUGGCGUUCACAGCGCUGCACCUGGUGACCUGCCUCAUCAUGACCUUCCAGAUCUACUACCUGGGCAGGUUCCGGCUUGAUGGCGGCGUGGUGUAUCGCGCGAUGCGUGAGCUGGUGACGCGCCCUCUGGCGGCCAUCACCCCGACGUACUGCGGUCGCUGUGUCCUGUUAGUUAUCGCUAACCUCGCCAACUGGGCCAUCGCCGCCUACGGGGUGGCGCAGCACAGCCGCGACUUCGGGUCUCACCUGCUGCUGGUGCUGAUGAGCAACCUGUUCCUGUACACGCUGUUCUACAUCGUCAUGAAGCUGCUGCACCGCGAGACCAUACUUUGGUACAGCUGGGUGUACAUAGCUCUGACGUACACGAUAUGGUUCAGCUCAAGCUAUUUCUACCUCGACCAAAGCACCAACUGGGCGCUGACACCAGCACAAUCAAGACAGAGCAACAGGGUGUGUUCCUUGCUGCAGUUGUAUGACUCCCAUGACAUUUGGCACUUCAUGUCCUCAAUAGCUAUGUUCUUCUCCUUCAACAUGUAUUUCACUAUAGAUGAUAACUUGUCUAGAGUCCCUAGGGAUGAAAUAGACGUAUUUUAGAUAGAAAAGUAAAAAAAUAUUUAUCAUAAAUGAACCCUACACAGUAACAAUGCGAGAACCAUCAUCAUCAUCAUCAGCCCAUUAACGUCCCCACUGCUGGGGCACGGGCCUUCCCUAUGGAUGGAUAGGGAGAUCGGGCCUUAAACCACCACGCGGGCCCAGUGCGGAUUGGUGGUUAUUAACGACUGCUAAUGCAGCCGGGACCAACGGCUUAACGUGCCGAAGCACGGAGGAGCUCGAGAUGAAAACUUUUUUUUUGUGGUCACCCAUCCUGUGACCGGCCUUUGCGAAAGUUGCUUAACUUCAACAAUCGCAGACCGAGCGCGUUUACCGCUGAACCACCGAGCUCCGUAUACGUAGUAUUACUUUUUAUUGUGCGGGUUCAAUUACCGGCAGAAUUUUUCGAUCCCUUCUGUAUGACGUAUGAAGAACGAAUGUAAAUUGAAUUAUAAAAGUUGUUAUGAACUGAAAAAAUUUAAAAGUCUAACUAUUGAAACAGUGUAAAAUAUAUGAAAUAUGUAAGUGUUUUUUUGAUGUAACUUAUCGAUGUCGUAGCCAGAUCAUAGAAUUAAUCAUUUCAUAAUGUGUUCGACCAUUUCAUGGAAUGGUAAUAUUUCAUGAAAUAGCCAACUUAAGUUGACCAUAUCGUUGAAACGUCAACGUUUAACGAUAUUUCAAUCAACGUUUGGCCAUAUCGUUAAUGUAGGCGGUGUCCAUGCUAUGUGGUGUAAUAAAAAUGCGAAUAGUCGAUUAAUUUCUUAGGUUCAAAAUUAUUUACCUAAUCGAUAUGGAAAAUUGUACAAUUACAUUGAUUCAUGGAUAAUAAUAUCAAUCAAGUUUUAAAUAUAAUCGAUACCAGCGCCACUACCGGUGGAUA